AUGGCCAUGGGCUGCAGCGAGCACCCAACGAUUGAGAUCCAACUCACGAGAGGCCUGCAAUACCCAGCGGAGAUGGGCCCAGAUUCGCGGCAUUCGACAUCAACAGACACCCUUCUUUUCCGCCAUGUCUGUACGAAUUUCGACUGGAACGCUGCGGCCUUUCUGGACCUGAUCCGAGAACGCCUCAUGCUGGACCACACAAAUGGCCAAGCUGUAUGGGCAUUUACAACGAUGGCAGAGAUCUGCGAAGCCGCCGCUGAGGGCUGUGGAUCUUGCAGGCUCAUCCAAGCUUGCGUGACGGAUUUCACGAGAGGCGAAGUCGGUCCUGAUGUGGAGAUGAACAUCACUUACGGGGGGCAGAAAACGCUUUCUGUCGAUAUUCUUCUGGAAGAUUCAUGCGGACAGAUCGCUCAGACGCAGCUGGAGCUCUUCACGUUGCCGGGAGAGUCAUGUCCAUGGCCCAACAUUGGAUCCGAAAUCAGUCUCCUCCGUACUCCUGCCGGAUUAUAUGACGUACCAGGAGGUUGUACGGCUAUUGUCUGCGACGACUCGCUUUCGGAGAAUGCCAUGGCCAAGAUUAAACAAUGGAUUGCGGAGUGCGAACGCGAUCAUCCGUACUGUGAUGUCGGUUCCGCUUAUAGUAGCCUGAAUGCUCACAGCAAUGUGUUACCGAGUCGACUAAUUUCUGUCGGCGCUGAGAACGGGGACGUACGUUUGUGCUGCGGCGUUGGCACAUCGACAAAAUAUCUUGCAUUGAGCUACUGCUGGGGCCGGUCGGGAGGCUUGACCUUAACACAGGAGAACCAGGCAGCGUGGACUUCUCGAAUACCGUUCGAAAGGUCAAAUUUCACAACGACUCAAGCGAUAUCCCAUUUUCAAACGAGGAUGGACCUUCCAAGAACGAAUGCUCGGCCCCAGAGUCCUGCAUUUCACGGCAGACGAGAUGGUCUGGGAAUGCCUGGGCCAUACGAGCUGUGA